AUGACAUCCUGUCUCAGCAAACAAUCUGUCAUAAUCGCAGGGGCCUCUGCACCAUUUGCAGAGGCCUUUCGCGCUUGUUACUCAGGUUCCAAAGACAAGACUAUUGCGCUUAACCUGAACCCUCUGAUAUCGAGCAAUUCUGCUGAAGCCCAGGCUCAGAUAAACACCGCUUUCGGCGCUCUUGGUGACCAAGUCGAUGUAUUUAUCAUCGAUGCCAGAACUCAGGAGCCCUCUGGGCGAGACGCAAUUUGGGAAAUUCCAUUGAGUGAAUGGGAUCAAGGACAUACGCCCAUUAGCUGUCAGAAAAAGAUGCUAGUGCACGCAAGAUUAUUCCUUCGGCAUCAAUUUCAAGUUAACAAGGCCAAGUCCCAUGAGGAUCAACUGGGAAACGGUUUCUCUGUGGUGGUCCUUGGUUAUCAAGAUCUCUUCGGCAUUUCACUCGAUCAGGUUAUUUCUAAGCUUCAAAGAGACGUUUCACGGCUUCACCCAGGUGCUUCCGUCAACUUCCUUGAUCUCAGCACCUCACGCGAGGCCUCUACACAGUCGAUCGUCGCCGCGACAGCGAUACUGGCCUCGGCGAAACCCGCCCGUGGAAUCAUUUCACUCGGCGACAUUCCGAGUGUAACAAGCACCAACAACAAAAGUGACGUUGUUCAGAAUACCCAGCUUUGUCAAAGUCUCCCUCUCCGCCAAAAGCACCCAAAAGUCCAAAUUGCCAUGUCCUUCGACUUUGACGCUGUCUCUGCCUUCCUGGGGACAGGCGAACAUCCAGACAACAACUUGGCAGACUACAGCACAGGCAUAUUCGCUGCUCGAGUUGGUGCCAAUCGGAUACUACGCAUGUUACAAAAACACCAAGUAGCCGACAAAGUCACUUGGUUUAUCCCCGGGCACACGAUGGAAACAUUUGAACCAAUGGUUAAAGAGAUUAUCAAGUCCGGCGCCGAGAUCGGACUUCAUGGUUACUCGCACGAAGGUGCUUAUCAAAUGACACCAACUCAAGAGCGAGACGUGCUAGUGAAGUGCAUGGAAGUGUCGCAGCGGCUAACCGGCAAAAGAGUCCGGGGCUACCGCGCGCCCAUGUACCAGCUCCGCGAGACAACAAUUGAGCUUCUGAGAGAGUUUGAAUUUCUUUACGACUCCUCUUUGAGCCACCAUGACUCACAGCCAUAUUUCACACCCAGCGAUCCGCCAAUCGAACGAGUGGAUUUCUCCCAGCCGGCUAGCAGUUGGUUGCGCCCCACGUCGCUUGCAGCAGCAGAUGCCCGCCCCGCCGGCCAUCCACUUGUGGAAAUUCCUACCGGCUGGAACAAUGAAGAUAUGAUGGCGUUGCAGUAUUUCCCACAUCUUGAUAACAGCCAUGGUCAUGUCGAUGCGCGAGUCGUUGAACAGAGAUGGAAGGACAUGUUCCUAUGGCUAUGGGAGAAUGCCCAUAUUGAUGGUGGAGAUGGCAGCUUUGUCUUCCCCAUCUUGAUGCAUCCCGAUACUAGUGGCAUGUCCCAUGUGAUAGGGAUGGUUGAUCGGUUUGUGGGGUGGCUUCGGGGAUGGGGGGAUGCGGUUGAAUUCCGCACUUUUGAGAGUAUCACACAGGAGUGGUUAGAAGAGCAACUGAAGGCUCAGUAA